AAACCAUCGGGCAAGUCCCGAGCUGUCGAUAUAAAUAUGUAAUUCUUGCGAUUGACCAUUUUAUAAUCAUACCGACAGUCUCCGUUUCAAAUGUGCGAUAACUUUUAUUUGCGGGUAUGUUUAAGUUUGUGCUAAUUUUCUAUUUUUUUAAAUUCACUAGUUUAUUAGUUACAUGCGUUCAUGGACAAGAUGUAUCGACAUGUUAUACUCCCAAAAAGGAAUCUGGUACAUGUAUUAACAUUAAGAAAUGUCCCUAUAUGAUUCAUUUACUUGUUACACAUCAAACAGAUCCUCAGACAGUAGAGUAUCUGCGAGGUUCUACAUGUGGAUUCGACGGAAAUGAUCCGAUGGUGUGUUGUCCUCAACUAGAUAAAGUUAUUGUAGGUGACAGGAACAUUAUGAAUAAUGACCAGAAUCACCCAAAGUUACCAACUAAACCUUCAUGUGGUUUAAGUAAUGUAACGAACCCUAGAGUUGUUGGAGGCGUACCUGCAGCUUUAAACGAAUUUCCCUUUAUGGUUAUUUUGGGAUACCGAAACGUGAAAAAUCCAAUUAUCCCUAAAUGGCGUUGUGGAGGAACACUUAUUACAGAAAAACAUGUUUUAACAGCUGCUCAUUGCUGUACACCAGAUUUAUACUUGGCUAGGGUAGGUGAAUAUAUUAUUUUUGACGAAACGGAUGGAGCUACUCCCGAAGAUAUAUCAAUAACAAGUGUUAAACGGCAUGAGAACUUUAGCGAUGUACAAUUCACUAAUGAUAUAGCAAUACUAACACUAUCGAAGAAACCAAAUAACCCUUUAGUAUGGCCAAUUUGUUUGCCGAUCGAAAAUUCUUUGAGAAGUAACUCUUUCGUAGGACAAAAUGGUAUAGUUGCUGGAUGGGGAUCAAUAUAUUAUGAUGGACCUAGAAGUUCAAUAUUGCUGGUUGCUGAUUUGCCAGUUCUGAGUGAAUCCAAUUGUCAAAAAGUUUUUGGUGCAGCUACUGUAAUUGACAAUAGAAUUAUAUGUGCGGGUUACGUUACUGGCUCUAAAGAUACUUGUAAAGGAGACUCUGGAGGUCCCUUAAUGUAUGCUGAAAAAAAUGGAAAAUUUCUUACUUAUUAUCAAAUAGGGAUAAUUUCUUAUGGGUAUAAAUGUGCUGAAAAAGGAUAUCCAGGUGUGUUCACAAAAGUGACGAAAUUCUUGGAUUGGAUUGAAAAGAAUGUUGUAUGGGGUAAAGCUCUGUUAACUGAGACAUAUAAAGGCCGAACUAUCCAGGCGGAUAUCAAUGGUAUGCCCAAAGGACACGAUUCACUUUUAGGGCGCGAUUGGAUACGUGAGCUUGAUAUGGAGUUGAAACAAAUGAAUGCGGGCAAUCAACGAGAUGUCUCAGUCUGUCAUGAUAGCAAAAUUCCAUACAUUAUGGGUCAUCAAUGGUGCUUAUGUUUGUUUUUAUUAGUUAGUGCUGUACGAUCACAAAUUUCGGAAGGAGAACCGUGUUACUCAGCUAGAAAUGAGUACGGAAUAUGUCAAAAUAUCAGAAAAUGCGCUUCUAUGGUACGAUUACUAAAGACAAGAAGUCAAGAUCCUGAUAUAGUUAAUUAUUUAACAGGUUCAACUUGUGGAUAUGACGGAUCUGAUCCUAGAGUAUGCUGUCCAGAAUCCAAUGAUAUUGACAAUAAUCAACAGAGUACUACCUUAGAUAAUUCAAAAAAUACCAAUGAAGUCAGGUACCGAAUAAAUUCUAAGGAAUGUGGUUACAGUAAUGUAACUAACUUUAGAAUAGUUGGUGGAAUUCCUGCGAAAUUACACGAAAUAUCAUUUAUUGUAAACUUGGGCUACAAAGAUCCUAAAAACCCGAAGGUUCCGAAAUGGUUGUGUGGGGGUUCACUUAUAACAGACAGGCAUGUUCUUACAGCUGCCCAUUGUGUAGUGAACAGACCCUUGUAUGUUGUUCGUUUUGGAGAAUUGGAUUUGUUUAAUACGUCAGAUGGAGCUAAUCCUGAGGAUAUAAAUGUGUUAAAAGCAGAAGCUCAUGAAGGAUACAACCGCGCUAAACUCAUUAACGACAUAGCCAUAGUAACUGUAGAAAGGCCCGUUACACAUCCUUGGGUGUGGCCAGUUUGUUUACCAAUAGACGAAUCUUUACGAUCAAAAUCAUUUGCAAAAUGGACAGCUACAGUAGCCGGUUGGGGAGCUAUAUAUUACAAUGGUCCUUCAAGUAGUAGUCUUCAAAUAGCUCAAACUCCAGUAGUAGAGUUCGAAAAAUGUAAAACUGCUUUCGCUAAACACAACAUAUCCAUCGACGAGAACGUUAUUUGUGCAGGUCGAGCUGAUGGCCGCCAGGAUGCUUGUCAAGGAGAUUCAGGAGGUCCAUUGUUUUGGGGAACCAUCAAAAAUGAUGCAAUUCAGUUUUACCAAAUUGGAAUAGUCUCAUAUGGGUUUAGAUGCGCUGAGGUAGGUUAUCCUGGAGUUUAUACAAGAGUUACCAAGUAUAUUGACUGGAUACAAGAAAAAGUGAAGUGAAAUAGCUAUUUAUAUGAAAUAAGAAGGAUGUGUGAAUAUUAGUGUUAAGUAUUUCAAAAUAAAUACUUUUAAACUUCAUGAAAA